AAAAAGAUCAAAGGAUCAUAGAUAAGAUGUCAGAGAACAAACCGGUCAGAUCUGCAUUUGUAGCAUGGGAAUCGGUUGAAAGUGCAUGACUAAGAGCCACAGAUCAAUUCUACAGAUCCAACAUUCUGCUGGAAGCUUGGUAAAAUAAAAAAAUCCAGAUCUAAAAAAUGGGGGUAAAAAAUGAAAUGUUUCAACCUUUAACUUGAGAGAACCAACAGGGGAAAUAUAUGAAGGGAAAGGGGAGAGCUCUGAAGGGGGUCUCUUGCGUUCAGAGUCACUGACCAAUGAAUGCUGAGCUUUAAUGCAACACGUAAAAAGGUGCAAAUACGACUACAGGGACAUUUUGGUGCAAAUACGACUGAUGAAGAAAAGCAAAAGCACGACCGUGGUGGAGGACGAGGUGAAGCUUCACCUCGUCUUGGUGAAGCUCCUGCUUUGCCUUUGUCGAAUUUUGCUCACAAUAAUACAACAGCAUCGGCGUCCGAGGUUGAAAAUUCAUACCCAGCCCCGCCAGGGCUUAGUAUGGGAUCGACGUCCGAGGUUGAAAAUUCAUUCCCAGCCCCUCCAGGGUCACUAUACCAAGAAGACACUUCACUGUUCAUGUUGCAGCAGCAAUCUAUGUCUGCGGCCGCGGCCGCAUGGGGGUUUUACUCCAAGAAUCCAAACUAUAUUAGUGGCACGAAUACUAGUACAGGCAGCCCUGAUAAAUUAUCAAGAAGAGCUCCUGCAGGUCCACAACAUUUCGAUCUUGCUAAUCCUGCGAACUGGGCGAACCAUCCUUGGUACCAUGAUAAUGACAGCAGCAAUAGCAGUUCCGAACUGGCGACGCACAACAGUUCCUCCGCUCCUCCAGGAGGAGAGGACCCAUCAUACACGGCGACGCACAACAGUUCCUCCGCUCUUCCAGGAGGAGAGGACCCAUCAUACACAAGUUCAUCACGUGGUCGCCGACUACCACCCGGCCUGUUCGAGGACACGACGCCCUCCGGUAGUCGGGAAGGCGUUCCCGCUGCAAUCACUUCCGUUGCUCGAGGUGCAGCUCGCGGAGCAGACACCAACAGGAGCAUUGAUGCAGUAGACACCAACAGGCGCAGGAGUGCUCAACUGGAUUUCGAACACCCUUUCUUUCACCAUCGGACCGGAGAAACUUUCUUUUCUGGUCCUUUCGGCGAUCCCAGGAGGAACGAGGAUAUUAACUUGAAUAACUUCUAUGGAGGGCGAGGAAACGAUCUUUACGAUGACGGUGACGACUUUUUUUACGAUGAUGAUGAGGAGGGUCUCUUGUUAGAUGGUGAAGAGGGUCUCUUGUUAGAUGGUGAAGAUCAUUUCGGAGGAGGUGGAGGUCCUCUCCCUCUCGCCUACAACCACUAUGGAAGUGGAAACAACAAUUACCUGGGACCAGGAGUUCAGCACCACAGUCGUGACAUUGCUCCCGGCGACCAUGGCGUUUUCAUCCCUCGUAAUUUUAAGGCUCCAAGAAUUUCCAUCUUCCCCCACAUCUUGGCCUUCGCGUCUUUCCACAGGGACUAAACAGGAACCAAGAUUGACCCGAAGAUGGAUGCUUCUUAGUUCUAAUAAUUACAUGCCAGAAUGGGCGCAGGCUGGAUUACAGGAACCGAAGCGAACGCGAGCAGCCAUUAGACGAGCAAGGCGAAAGAGGAAAGCUCAACGAGAGAGAGCGGAAGCCGCUUUCAAUGCAUUCACGCAUAGCAUGGCGCCAUCAUGA